UCAGAGUAUUUCCGGUUGUCAGUGCCACAGCGCGAAAAGCGACAAUGGACCCCGAAAUCUUGCUCCGUUUUUUAUGUACAUUUUUAAUUAUCGACGAGCUAAAAAAACUGUGUCGCCAUCGUCAUCGCCGGCAUCUUUUGCACUCCAGGUUCAUCAGAGAAAAUCAUAUCCAGACAAGGCCAUUGUACUGCAGGAUUAACCAAAGUGUACCAGUCCUGGACCAUUUUUUUAGCCAGGAGGAUCCAAGGCCUGAUUUUCGGCUAAGCAGGGAGUCUCUGGCAGUGUUGCUAAAUCUCCUGAACCAGGAUCGGCGGCAUGGAUGGGGUGCCACAAUUGAGAUCCUGGUGUUUCUUUUCUGGUUGGCAAGUGGAGCAUCCUACAGGGUGGUCUCAAGAGUGUUUGGGAUGCCUCGUUCUACUGUCCACUACAUCGUCCACCGAGUCACAAAAGAGGUGUUGGCCAUUCGCUACCAGGUCAUCCACCUUCCAACAACCCCAGAGAACCUGGAGGUAGUGUCCCGUGGGUUUGCAGGGCUGGCACGCCACAGAGCCUUUAUGAAAGCGGCUGUUUGUGACCAUCGGGGCCGCUUGGUGCUCCGCCACAGCCCACUGUACAGUCAGUCAGUCUACCCUCCUCCAGGGCAUUUCAUCCUCGCAGAUGGAGGGUACCCAUGCCUCCAGCAUCCACUCCCCCUCAUCACACCCUACAAGAGGCCAGUCCAAGGUGUGGGAGCCCAGCGCUUUAACAGCCAUCAUUCCAGGGCACGCUCCAUAAUAGAGCGUGCUUUUGGGAUGAUGAAGAACCGGUUCAGGGCCAUCUUCCUGCAAGCGCUGGAGGUGCACCACACCUAUGUACCUCAUCAGUCUCAGUUCCCCCAGCUUUCACUGCAAUCCUCAAAGCCCUUCUGGACACAUUGGGAAACCUCUUCCUUGCUGCCACUAUAACAAACAAAAGUCACAGUUCUAUUACUUUUAUCAGAGUUAAAAUAAAAAUAUGAUUUAUGUUAGCUGGCUUCAUUUAGCAAACAGAUAUUUCUGUUUAUAUAGAUACAGAUAUUAAUACAGAUAUAUUUUACGCAUAAUUUUACCCCUUUUUUUUCCUAGAUGGAAAGUC